AUGCGCCUUCUUUUUUCUCUUCCCACCCGGUGCCGCCGACCCGUUCGCUCUGCAAAGGGGGUAUUCGCUACGGUGUUCCUCCCGGUCCUCUUCACCCUGUGCACGACGGCCGCCUACGCCUGGAUCAACGCUGGCGCCGCCGACGGGGACGGCGGCGGUACCGCAACCGCCUCGCAAGCCUGUGCAACGCCUCCGCUCGUCGGACCCGAGGAGGUCGAGUCUUUCGAAGGCGAGUGUGGUGUGUACCACGGCGGCGGAGCGACCGCGUGCGGCCGAUUGCGGCUGGAAGAGCUCGCCUUGGCGGCGCUCUGGCGGGCGGCGGCGGCCCUGUGUGCCCUGGCCUCGCGGGCCUUGAGGCCGGAGGCCGGGGAAUGGGCCGCGGCAGCGGUGGCGGUGGUGAGCCUGUGCUCGGUGUCGUUCUUCGCCGUGCCGACCUUCCGAGCGCUCGAGGACGCCGAGAGGACUUAUCAGCGGCGCUACAUGUACUCCAAGUACUUCUGCGCCCUGACCUCCUCGCAGCGCGCGAGGAAGCACCGCAUCCCCCACUUCUCCCUCAAGAACGUGGCCAACAUCCGGGUGUGGCUGGCCCUGAGGGCCGGCAAGACCUGGCUCCGGCGCCACCGUCGGGAGCGCAAGGCGGACGCGGUGGUGUCGUCGGCGUUCUUCCUGUCCCUCGCCCUCCUGGCCGCGAUUCUGUCGGAGGCGAUCAGCAGGGAGUCCCGAUUCCUCUCGACGGUGGUGCACUGGGAGGUGGGGGCGUUGGUUGAGGCCUUAGGCCGGAAGUUGUGCGCUUGUUUUUAUUUCUCUGGCUGCUGUUUUGAGCUACUGGUGUGGUGCUGCUUCAUCAGCUUCUUCCUGCUGCGGUACCUGACUCUGGGUUCCAACACCAACAACCGAUAUCGAGAUACGAGCGUGCUGCUCACAGAGCUGAUCAACGUGCAGCUCAGGAUCCUGCAGAACACCAGCAACAAGGAGGCUUCCAAGAAGGUAAUGAAGCGGGAACGGCUGGGAGUGUCGACCAACGUCCUAAAGCUGGCCACGAAGCUCCUCAAGGAGCUCGACGGCCCCAACAAGUUGUCCGGCCUUUCGAUGAACCCGGUGCUGUACAAUGUGACCCGGGUGGUUCUCGUGUCGGCCCUGUCCGGAGUGAUGAGCGACACCCUCGGCUUUAGCGUGAAGCUGUGGAAGGUCAUCUCCUUCAAGUGAAGGAGGGGAGGGAGAGGUCGUCUUUCCUUUCGGGUCGCUUUGUCGUGCCUUGGAUUUGAAAGUGUACUACUACCGACAUCUAUGCGUAGGCCGCUUUAUGUGCCUUGGAUUUGAAAGUGUACUACUACCGACAUCUAUGGGUAGGUCGAUGUAUGUGCCUUGGGAUCGAAAGUGUACUACCAACGCGUGCGUGUGUCCUGUAAGCGGGAUCGCUGUGUGGGCAGCCUUCCCUUUCUCUUUUUUCGUCAAGAAGGGAGUUGGGUUCGUUGAAUGCCUCCCCUUGUCUGUCAGCGGAGUUACGUGUUACGUGUCCCUGUGCGUACCAGGCGUGUGCGUCAUGUUUCGUGGUGUAAGUGUGCAGGCGAGAGGAGUAGAAGAAAAGAAAGGGGACGUUGACGGACACCUUUCUUUCUUGUAUCGUGUGAUUAUAUUUGCAACAUGUUGGGCAGCGGAAAAAAAAUCGCGGACGCUUGCACAAGCCCCCUUCUUCUCGUCACUUGGGUUUUCAUCUCCCGAGAGGGCUUUGCACCGUUUCGUAGAGGAAGAUGUUGUCAGCGCUGACGAUGUCCGUCUUUCGAGGCUCCUUUAAUCUGCUGUACAUCGAGAGCUGCUUCAGUCUGGCCAAGCCGGGACUGCUGUGCGUCUGUUUUAUCUUGUCGUGGGGUUGUUUUUCUCUCUUGUGGUUUUUUGUGCGCUCAUGGUCGCCAUUAUGUGUUUGCGUUCAUGAAACAGAUGCAAGUUCUCCCCUUCGGAGGGGGGUCAGUAAUGGCCCCGCCAUCAUUCGCACUCGAAUGGAGCACUGCCUGUGUUUGUUGGUUUGUUUUUAAGGUCUCUGGUGUAAGGACGAGACACCUCCCUCUCCCGGGUAACAUGCGGGCGGGCGGGCGUGUGUUGUGUUUUUCCGCUCUCGCCUCCUUGCCGUUGUUCUGUCUUGUGGACCCAGGGACACUAUAUGGUCAUGUGCGUGUAGCUCCGUAUUUUCGGAGAUUCUCUGGGUGGUGUUUCUGCAGGGCGACCAAGAAUUGUAGGGUAGAUAUUCGAAAUGCUGACGAGGUGAAACAAGGAGAAGGCCUGCCAGGCUGGCAUGAAAACCCCCAAAGAAAUGAGAGUGCAAAUAUCUCUGUUCGGCUGUUGCAGGGCGGACGAUUCUUGGCGCCGUGUACAUUUGACGGGAGGGUGGGAGUUGCGGGGGUGCCAUUUUGGAGGCUUCGCUAGAACUUGCUAGGGGCGACCGAGGGUCGAACAUCAGAAGGAAGGUGUGCUGUAAAUUACUGUCCAAAAAUUGUUGGUUCCGCGAGAGUGUGUACAGACGGGUUGGAAGAAGAGCGUGCAUUGAUGCGGAACUUGUUUCACGUCGUUGGUGAAGUUCCUUUCCCCCCCGCCCACCACUAGGGAGCGUGCUUUGUUUGCGGCCGGCAACUUAUUGCUUUGUGUUGUUGCCAAGCGAGUCCGUUGUUGGUGCGUGGCAUGUUCUGGUUGGCAAACUUGUCGAAACUCCGGCUCCGUCCGGACGAAGCUACUGUCUGUGCCAUGCUCCGGGUCCGAGCGCGGCGUUGGAAUCUUCGCGCCGCAGCAAUAAGAGAGACAGAGUGCUUGCGAUCAUGGUACGAUUUUUGAGCGUGCUGCACUAUUCU